AUAAUUGUGUUUGUAGGUAUUUACGAGUAUAAACCUACCUUUAUAAGUAAUCUAAUCAUGCUUGUGUGUACAAUUGAUACAUAUAAAAAUUGUAGUUUUAAUAAUAAAAUAUAUUUUGUUUAACUCCACUGCUCCUCUGUUUCGUUUUGCGCAUACUCGUUUAAAUAAACCCCGCUCGUUGCACGCUCGUUCCAUCAGUCUGCACGGGGCCGCGCCACUCGGUCCGUGUUGUUGGUCCCGAGACGCAUUAGCAAAAUGGUUAAUUACUUUAUUUACGCGAAAGAUUUUUCGGGUUCGACAAACCGUGUCCCAUAUUAUCACGAAAAUGGACUCAAAACUCUCGAAGAAUUUAAACGUGACGUGAACUGUAUAAAAAGUGAAUUACCAGUGACUGAAGAAUCAAAAAUAAUUUAUUUACACUGGGGGCACAUGUGUGAGGAGAUCGACGAAAGUACUGCUGUUAGCACAUACAGUGAAAUGAUCGGAGAUGGUACGGAUACCUUACCAGGAACAAUUAUAAAGUGGAUAAAAGAAAACAUUGCUGGCGAUAAAAUUAAAUUGCUGUACAUCAUAACUGAUGGUCUCAUACGCCAAAGCAGUGUACACACUUGUUUAAAACUUAAUGAAAAUGUUUAUUAUGAGUCUGUUGUUUUUUACGGAAUAAAUGAAAACUUGGAUUCUAUCGACUUAUCGGUCGCCUCGUCGUUUUUGAAAGGCCGAUGUAAAAUUUACCGCAACUGUGAAUUAUUGGAUAACAUCGAUAUUUCUGAACAACGUGACUAUAGUACAAUAACUAUCGACAACUUCUCUACUGAAAAAGAAGAACUGAAAUCGUAUAUCAAAUUAAAGUACCUAAAUUCAAAAGAAAGAAGUGAGACGGCUCUCAGAGAAAUUGAAGAGCUGAAGAAGCUGAGGAAGAGAUUGUUCAAUGACUUAUCGGCGAUAAAAAUAACUUCCAACUUGGACACUAAGGAUAAAACCACAUUUUUAAGCGAAUUCAAGAAAACAAACUGGUACAAAAUUCUGACCAGCGGGGUUGACUAUGACAUAAGAAUAGAUAUUGACAAAUCUAUCACAACUUUAAUUAAUUACAUCAUGAGUGACAAAAAGUCUUAUUCCUUCGACGCUUUGAAAUUCAAAAUCAAUUACAGCAAUGUGGUUCCUGAAGAAGAGAUUGUUGAUGUCGAUUUCGAAACCGACCAAGAGAUAGAGUUUCCGGACAUCAUUCUAGAUGACGAGAAAGGAAUACCUGUAAUACUAAUUACAGAGUUAAAUCUUCUGGACAAGAUUAUCUUUCAUGCCAAUACAGAGGCAGCCCCGGCGCCGGCGAGUUUCUCGAAAUUCAAAUCCACGAUGGAGUGUCCAUUGUUUUUAUUGAACGAUACCGAUCUGAAUGAGACAAUCGGUUACUUUUAUACCUUGAAUGUCUACAAACAAUUACUAGAAAAAACUUCAAGGGAAGAACCUCGUACAAGAAGACCAUACCACGGCGGCCUAGUGCUCGUGAAUACGGGUGACUUCGAUAAAUAUAAUGAUUACAUUUUAUCAGCGACAUACUUUAACUCCAAAAAAGUAAAGUACAAUAUCGGUUUGUUUUACUACGUGUUGUGGAAGAUUUGUGAAAAGAAGCAGUGGAUGGACAAAAAUGUGCUUGAACAGUUCAAGAAGUACAUGCUAAGGCGUGUAAGUACCACGGUUUGCAGAAUUGGACUGUCAUCACUACCACUGGACCCUACAGAAAAUACCUCAUUACCCACCGCACUGUGGUACUGCGUUGAAUUGUCCACAAUCAUCUUUCAAAGUGAUCCUGCCAAUUUUUCACACGAACGAUUGAGAAUGUACCACGGCGUAGCGCAUCGUAUGAUUGAAAUUUUGAAGUAUCUGGAGUAUGACUUAUAUUUGGAAUCUAUAAAGAAACGAGUAGAUUUAAUCAGGCAUGUAAUGACUUUGAAGAAGAUUACAAAGCAGAAGGACAAAGUUUGUUAUUUUUUAGAGAAAAUAUUUAAAAAGAAAGACGGUUUCCUGGUUUGCGAAAUACAAAAUUCUGAGAAUUUAAAGAAACUGAAUUACUUGAAACUGAACCACAAGGAAAUGUUAGUUGACAACAUCGAAGAGAGGGUUAUCUUGAAUGACUAUAUUUACACUCUGCAUGACAUCGAUGACUCAGAGCUACAGAUCUGCGAAACAACGUUCCGGCCCUAUUUUAUGAUAGACCAAAACACAUCUUACUACACCGAAAUGUACAGGAAAGCAAAGGAUGUUGUAAUUUGUUAUGACAAAAAUGAUAUUGUGGUCAAAUACAAGCCUUUGGAUAAAUUGGAAUUCGACAGAGUUUUGUCAUAUUACAAUUUGUUUUUGCGUUGUGUAAGAGACCGCAAAAAAUAUCCUACGUUGGAGGAAUAUAAAGCAUAUGUUUUGAAAAGGAAAGCGUUUAAGGACGAUGCAGUGACCAUUUUCCCAACAACUGUGAUUGAGAGUAUAGAAAAGGUAUUCCGGAGCUAUGAGAAACUAUUAAAGGAUGUCAGUGUUAGUGAUUUUUUUGAAGUGUGUGAUAAGUAUAUAGACCGGAUUGCAAGGAUCAAAGCUGAGAAUGUAAGGCAGUUUGAGACAGAUGAUGAAAUUAAUGAUUUUAUUCAAGCAGAGGAGCGUAAAGCUAAUUUGGUGAAAAUAGUUCGUACGAGUAAACCCAAUAAACGACGCAAACCGAUGGUUCCACCGGUGCCGAAACCGAUGAUACCAAAACUUUAUUCCCGUCAUCCUCGAUGGCCGUAUUUUCAGCGAAGACGUAGACCGAUGUGAGUGGUUCACUCAAACUCAAUAUGGUCGUAAAAUAUGUCACCAUAACUAGCGUAACUAGUUGUAUAGUUUCUUAGUAGUUUGUUUAUAUAAAUAUGAUAAUUAAUCAUAAUUUGUUGCUAUGUUACACUGUUAUUAAAUGCUUUAACUACAAAGUAUGUACUAUAAAUGUUUGUAUCUUAGAAUUUAAAUAAGUGAAUAACUUAUAAGCACUGAUUUUAGAUAUUGAAAACUAGCUGUAAGAUUUUUGUUGGAGAUCCAAAUGUCAUAGAUCAAUCCGAGCUAAUUAUUAUGUAAUACUCAAAUCACUCAAAUGUAUUGUGUUGUAACAGAAAUACAUACAAUAAACUAGUCAAUGUAACACUCAACAUCAAAUCACUCAAUGUGUUGUUGUAACAGAAAUGCAAAUAAACUAGUCAGAUACCUACUUAUUACAAACUUACUACAAUUAACACGUUAAACCCUAGUGACAAGCUAAAUGCUUGUCACUGGGGUUUAACGCGGGUUCACCACAAUAGUCCAGUGCAGCGAAGGGGUUCAAACCCGC